UCUAUGUUUUUAGGCAUUGGUAUACUAGUCAAACUAAUGUUGUUAAAUGGGGUGAUGCAAUGUCUGAUGAGUAUGGCCUUGAAUGUGGGGUUAGACAGGGGGGCUUGACUUCCCCUAAAUUGUUUAACUUGUAUAUAAAUGCACUUAUCGAGGAGCUCAGUAGCAUGCAUGUCGGCUGUCGCAUACAGGACACAAGUUUCAAUAACAUUAGUUACGCAGACGACAUGGUGCUGCUGAGCCCCUCGGUAGGCGGGCUUAGGAAACUGUUACUAGUCUGUGAGCAAUAUGCUAACAGUCAUGGUCUUAAAUAUAAUUGCUUUAAAAGUGAAUUAAUGAUUUUUAAAUCUGGUAAUAAGUGUCCUGAAGAGGUUCCUCCAGUGUUGCUUAAUGGAGUGCCAUUAAAAAGAGUGUAUGUAUUUAAGUACCUUGGCCAUGUAUUAUGUGAUGAUAUGUGUGACGAUGAGGAUAUAAAGAGGGAGCGGAGGGCGCUGGCGACCAGGGCGAACAUGCUGGCACAUAGGUUCGGGCGAUGCACAGUGCCUGUCAAGAUAACUUUGUUUAAAGCUUUUUGCACAUCACUAUACACAUGUGCACUAUGGGCCAGCUGUACGCAGAGGGCGCUGGGUGACCUCCGCGUCCAGUAUAACAAUGCGUUCAGGGCGCUGUUGCGGCUGCCGCGCUGGUGUAGUGCAUCGGGAAUGUUCGCGCGGUGCGCGGCAUCUUUGUGCCGCCUGCGUGGCAGCCGGAACAGCCUUCUGGCCGUCUUAGCUGAUCGCUGGGAUAGUCAGCUCCUCAUACACUGGACUAGAAUGCACUCGGUGGUGGCCACCUACACAUAUAACUGAGUGUAUGUGGCUGUCACCAAGGCACCUUAAUUAGAAUUAGAAUAAGUUUUUUAAAAAAUGUAUUUUGCUCACUGUAUGGACUUUGGUCUGAAAUAAAGAUAUUUU